AUGGCCGUGACCAACGACGGCAGCACCAGCUCCGCCUCGCACACGCCGUCGCAGCCGCUCACCGUCGGCGGCAAGAAGCGCUAUCCGUGCCCGUUCCCGGGCUGCGAGAAGACCUUCUCGACCAGCGGCCACGCCGCGCGGCAUCACCGCAUCCACUCUGGUCGCAAGCCGUACCGCUGCACAUUCCCCGGCUGCAAGGCUAGCUUCUCGCGCCAGGACAACAGCCUGCAGCACUACCGCACACACGUG